CCUAAGAUGCCACCUGCAAUGAAAUUCGUUGCUGUUGUACUGUCUAUCUGUGCCUUUGCUGAGAACUACGACGCAAAGAAUGCAGCAAAUCGACCAGAGCUUCAGGGGUAUCAGGACUUCGAACGAGCUUUCCAAUACCCGACGAUGUACUACGGCUGUUGGAAGAACUACGAACAGGAGACGGGUGACAAGUGUUUUGUCGAGAAGCAGCUCGCUCCUGUUGAGAAUGGACGCGUGAAGUUUAACAACGCUCACAUGACAAAGGACGGUAAGGUUAAUGCAAAUUACAACGUUACAUAUCUUCUGAGAUCCGGCCGUGGGUACAACAUCAGCAAUAUCCAGGAUUACCCACUUAACGGCACGUACAUUCCCUUCCGGGCUUUGUAUGCCCAGUAUGGGAACUGCAUUAUUUUGAAUCCAGUCACCGUAAAUAGGAACGCCUGCGUAAUGAUAGUGACCGUCCUAUUCAACGUCGAUCUCUGCUGUGUGGAAAUGUAUGACUAUCUGUGCGGACCCAAGAAGAUUCCGCUGUAUCAGCACGACUGUGCACAAGUCUACGGAAGUGUGUAAUAAAAUAUUGAAGAACUUGCGAUGUUCGAAAUAAU